UGGGAGCACACGGGCUGGUCUCUCCUCCUCCCUCCCAUCCUUUCCUGCCCUGGCUGGAUCUCUCUCUCUCUCUCUGUCUCUUUUCUACCUGCCCUGGCUGUAACCGGAGCCACACAGGUUGGUUGUGAGGGUAGAAGGAGAAAGGGAGAGAGAUGCAGCUGUGGCCCAUUUGUGCCCACGCCAAUCCCACCUUCUGUCCCUCUGACCCUGUUGCCAUCAGUCGCCAUUGCAGCACACACAAGCGUUGAGAACUUCAAACUACUGUUUUUCCUGGCCGACACUCUUACUGUAUACUUCCACUAUCAGCAGAACCUACAGUCAGAUUUAGACUUCAGUCAGACUUGACCAUCUUAGACAUAGCCAGACUUACAUCUAUUGUGGAAGGAGAAUCUGCACAAGUUGAGAGGGUCACCACUACUUGGAGGAUGGGUUAAAAAAGCUUCAAGAGGAGAUGAAUGGAAAACUGUAAAGUGCAAGGGUAUGCAAUGGAACAGAGAAAGUGACGCCAGAAAUAGCUGCUGGCCACCCUUCUGCCCUCCUCCUCCAUUCAGGCUGAGGGCCAAGAAAGUCCUUGCAUUGCCACUAGUCUGAACAAAGGGAGAAGAAAGGCUCUCUGGAGAAGUGAUAAAGGUGUGAGUUGAACUGCACUACAAGAUGCCCAGAGGAGAGCAUUAUCUCGAUGGCAGCUUUGGAAGAGGAAAGGGAUACACCGCCUUUUCUGCUGAAGAGGCUGCAGGAAUUGGCAUUUUGGUUGUGGUUCUUGCAGUGUUACUGAUCAUUGGCUGCUGGUAUUACAAAAGGCGCAGUGGUUAUAAAAGCCUGCUGAGCAAGAAUUUUGGAGUGAUCACUAUGAGGACUUCAGAGGACAAAAGUACCUUGCUGGGUUCCAAAUUACCCUUACAGGAGUACAACAGCAACUGUAACUAUGUGGUGCCUGAUGCUCCACCAGCCUAUGACAAGAUCUCUGCAACUCCAUUGCCACCACCUUAUGCACCAUAAAUCAGGACCAAUUAAAUCAGAAUGGAAGUGCUUGCUAAGUCCUUGCUUAAAUCCAUGUAUUUCUAGCAGUACCUUUAAAAAACAAACAUGCAUGGUGUUCUAAAUGGCUCCAGAAAACAUUGUCUCAAUUUUUUUUUAGUUGCUCUCCUAUUGCAUGAGAUGUCUGGGACGCCGAUGCUGCAGCCUUUGUAUCUUGACUGUAGUUGCCUGGAAUCAUUCCAGCAUUAUAUACCACAAAGAGACAUUUUAUUCUAUGAGUUCUACCAAGCACAAUAAAUACUAUAAGGCAAAAAGCA